AUGGCCAGCAGCGAUAGGCCUGCGCUGCUAUCAGCUGAUGGGCAUGCACGGACUGCCCUUACCACGCGACCCUUACCAGCUUACCUGGGACGCUUUUGGCAGUUGUAUGAAGCACUGGCAGCGCCACAAACUGCAACGACCACACCAUCAGGUCUAACCCUGCGGCAACAGCUGGUGCAACAUUGGCGCUUCUUGGCCAUAUUCUAUGGAACGUUCUUGCUGGAGAUAGCGCUAUUGUGUGUUUAUGUGGCCCUGCAGGAGGGCUCCCGUCACCUUGUUCUCUUCUGGAUCACCUUUCAGCCGUUCAUAUUGGUGGUGCACCUGCGAAACAGCCAGUUCGUGCUACACGUGCAUCUGUUGCGCCAGAAGCUCCUGCAGAUGGAUUGCGAGCUGAUACUACUCGUCGAAUACUCGAGCUUUGCUAACAGCUCAGCCAGCUUUUUCGGCUUCGAGGAAUAUCUAAGGCAUCGUAUGCGCGAAAUGCAGAUGAACUACACGCGCAUCCACGAGCUGUGCACCUGCUGCAGAAGAGGGUUCAGCUGCUCCAUGCUUACCGUGUUGCUUAUGACUUACAUUCGCAUCACAGUCGAUUGCUAGUUUUUUUUUUUUUUUUGUAUACCAAGCUUAGCAACAUUACUAACUUGGG